AUGGAUGAACCAGACGUGUGUCCUUAUGAGAAACUACAGCAGAUAUCCCCCAAGAAGAGAAAUGACUAUACCAACAUUUACAAUUCACAUAAAGAAAUGAAAUAUGAAAUAACCUCAUCGAAUAAGUUGCACAAAGACCACACAAUCCAUGAAGAAAUGAAAUCCAUUGAUAAACAACAUACAUACAAAAAUAAUCCCUUAAAUGAACACAAUGCUGAGUAUACAAAUGUAUGCAAUAUACAAAAGGAGGAUAUAAAAAUUAAGAAAAACAGUAUAGAUUUUGAUACUUUAAAUGAAAGUAUAUUCAACAUAAAUAUCGAAAUUAGAGAGAAAGACAUAGCUGAAAAAAGUUCUUCUAAGUAUGCAAUCCCAGAGGAAGGUUCUGAAAUUGAGUUCACAUAUGAAAACAUGGAAGAAAUGGGGAGAGGAGAAAACAUGGAUCAGGACGAUAUAAAUGUUAAGGAAGAGGAAAAACAUGGGGUAUACGAAAAAAACAAAAAAAUGGGAGAAAAAUUCAAAAGAGACAAUUUGAUAACCGUUAAACGUUUGAAAAAAAACGAUACAAAAGAGAAGAAAAGGAAAAAAUUGAAGCGUUCCAUGAGUACUAAUGAUAAUGAACAGAACUUCUCGGAUGAAUUUCUAGAUGAUGUUAACGAAAUUUUACAAACAAGAACUAAUGAACGAAUGGAAAAAAAAAAUAAAACUAUAUACAUCCUACAGCACAGACAAAGAAUAAAACAAAAAAAAGAUGAAAAAAAAAACAGAAAAAAUCAUAAUUAUAAACCUAAUUUAAAAAACAAUUUCUUGAACAUUAGUAAGACCACAAAGGACAAUGCUAAGAGAGCCAGUGUUGCAACAGUUAUGUUGGAGAAUAUGACUAACACAGAUCCAGACAGUGACAUCAGUAGUGAAAACAGUGAUGGAUCAAACCAUAGAGAUAAUAAUACUAACCCACAUAAAGCUAAUAUUUCCGAUUAUUCCACAAAAUUAUCUUCCCACAUAUACUAA